AUGUCGUGCGUCCACUACAAGUUCUCCUCGAAGCUCAACUACGACACGGUCACCUUCGACGGGCUCCACAUCUCCCUCUGCGACCUCAAGCGGCAGAUCAUGGGCCGCGAGAAGCUCAAGGCCGCCGACUGCGACCUCCAGAUCACCAACGCCCAGACCAAGGAAGAAUAUACGGACGAUAAUGCCCUGAUUCCCAAGAACUCAUCUGUUAUUGUCAGAAGAAUUCCAAUUGGUGGAGUGAAGUGCACCAGCAAAACUUAUGUCAUAAGUCGAACUGAUCCCGUGAGUGGAACGUCAAAAGCAAUUGAUGACUCUUCUGCAUCUAUUUCUCUGGCCCAGCUUACAAAGACCGCCAAUCUGGCUGAAGCCAAUGCUUCCGAAGAAGAUAAAAUUAAAGCUAUGAUGUCACAGUCUGGCCACGAAUAUGAUCCGAUCAAUUAUAUGAAGAAGCCCCUGGGCCCGCCUCCGCCGACAUACACUUGCUUCCGUUGUGGGAAACCUGGCCAUUAUAUAAAGAACUGCCCAACCAACGGGGACAAGAACUUCGAGUCUGUUCCCAGGAUCAAAAAGAGCACAGGAAUUCCUCGAAGCUUCAUGAUGGAGGUGCAGGACCCCACCACCAAGGGCGCCAUGCUGACCAACACGGGGAAAUACGCCAUCCCGACUAUCGACGCAGAGGCUUAUGCAAUUGGCAAGAAAGAGAAGCCCCCUUUCCUGCCAGAAGACCCGUCUUCCUCGUCAGAAGAGGACGACCCAAUUCCCGAUGAGCUGCUGUGUUUGAUCUGUAAAGAUAUCAUGACUGAUGCCGUGGUCAUCCCCUGUUGUGGAAACAGCUACUGCGAUGAAUGUAUCAGAACAGCCCUCCUGGAAUCGGAGGAACACACCUGCCCGACUUGUCACCAGACAGACGUUUCUCCUGACGCUUUAAUUGCCAACAAGUUUUUGCGCCAGGCCGUCAAUAAUUUCAAGAACGAAACCGGCUACACGAAGCGGCUCCGCAAGCCAGCCCAGCCCCCUCGGCCGGCGGCUCCGCGGAACGCGCCUUCCAUGCUGAGGGCAGCCAUGUCGAGGCAGCAAGACCCCCUGAUGGUUCCCCCCUCUUCUGCUCCGGGCCACGCUGCUGCCUCCCUCACCUUGCCGCUGGCAUCAGCCUCGGCAGCGCUGCCGGUCAACCCGUCUGCCUCCGCACCUGCUGGCGAGGGCCCGGCCCCUGUGCCCAUGGCUAUUCAUCCGGACAAGCCUGAAGGACCGUUCCGGGAAGGCGAGGUGAUCGGUCCAUCGGCUGCCCUUGUGGCUGCCUCAGAGCACCCCAAGCCGCCUUCCUCGCUGUCCGUGAAUGCCGUGAUGGAGGAGAAGGGCUAUCAGGUCCCUGUGCUUGGGCAGCCAGCCUUAGCAGGACAGCUGGGCCCGCACGGGCACUCCAUCCCCUCCAUGGGUCAGCCAAUGAGACCCAACCCCAUUCGCUCUGCAGGCAGCCGCUCCGGCUGGGAGCCAAGUUCAAACCGAGGACGGCCGCAUAGUGACCGCACACAAAGGACUCAGGCCCCAACACUGCCAGCCUCCGCCCAAGUGUUUGUGCCCGUGCCGCCUCCUCCUCCCCCCCUGUACCCGCCUCCUCCCCACGCACUUCCUCUUCCACCGGGGGUACCUCCUCCACCACAGUUUCCUCCUCAGUUUCCACCGGGGCAGCCUCCGCCUGCCGGGUACACGGUCCCCCCUCCGGGAUACCCCCCGGCUCCAGCAAACAUAUCAACACCUUGGGUACCAACACCUGUGCCAACGGCUCACUCAAAUGCCAUCCCAACGACACAACCACCUCCUCUCUCUAGGGAGGAGUUUUACAGAGAGCAACGGAGGCUUAAAGAGGAGGAAAAGAAAAAGUCGAAACUUGAUGAGUUUACAAACGAUUUUGCUAAAGAGCUGAUGGAAUACAAAAAAAUCCAGGAGCGCAGGCGAUCUUAUUCCCGCUCCAAAUCGCCGUACAGCGCCUCUUCGUAUUCAAGAAGUUCCUACACGUACUCCAAGUCCCGCUCCGGCUCGUCCCGCUCAAGGUCGUACUCCCGGUCGUUCAGCCGCUCCCACUCGCGCUCUUACUCACGGUCGCCGCCAUACCCACGGAGGGGCAGGGGGAAAAGCCGGAAUUACCGGUCCCGGUCCCGAUCCCACGGGUAUCCCCGGUCCAGGUCCAGGUCGCCCCCCUACCGGAGGUACCGCUCGCGCUCAAGAUCUCCCGUUUACAGGGGCCAGUCCCCAAAUAAGCGCCCUGUUCCUCAGGGGGAAGGGGAACGGGAGUUCUUCAACCGAUAUCGGGAAGUCCCGGCCUAUGAUGUGAAAGCCUUCUAUGGGAGGUCUGUGGACCUGAGGGGGGAGCCUUUUGAAAAGGACCGAUUCCGUGAGUGGGAGAACUACAGGGAAUGGUGUGAGAAAUACUACAAGGGCUUUCCGGCUGGAGCCCAGCCCAGGCCUCUGCUGAACAGAGAGAACUUCUCGCCGGAGCGCUUUGGCCCACCAGGACCUCGCAGAGAGAAUUCUCCUUAUAUUCGGGGGCGUAGAGAUGAGUAUCUGGGAGGACUAGGCCAUCGGAAUCGUGGCAUGGGCCCUAGCUACUCUGAAAAGCUGCCGGGGCGAGAGGGCCACGGUAUGAAAGACAUGGCCAAGCUGAAAGAUAAGGAGGUGGAAAAUGCCCCAGGAGAUGGGAAAGGAAAUAGACAUAAGAAGCACCGGAGGAGAAGGAAGGGAGAAGAGGGCGAAGGCCUGCUCCCCACUGCUGACCUCUCAGAAGGCUCACGGAAGUCCAGGGACCCUGCUGCGGGGGAAGACAGCAAGCCUGAGCCCCUCUUCAUGCUCCCGAGCAGGGACGAUGCCACUCCCGUCCGGGACGAGCCCAUGGAAGCGGAUUCUGUGGCUUUCAAACCCGUGUCUGACAAGGAGAGGAAGGAAAAGCCAAAGGCCAGAGCCGAGAAGACCAAGCGCAAAGUAGAAAGCACAGCCGCUCCCAAGAAAGACGUUGCAGCAAAACCCACGAAAGCCGGCCAAGAGAAAUCGGAGGCAGAUCGCGAGAAAUCUCCGCGGGCCGAGUUUCAGGGCAAAAAGGCAAAGGAGGAGUUACCCAAGGCCGAGAGCAGCAAAUCGUCCUCUCAGAAGGAUGAGAAGCCCCUUCUGGGCACCCCACGGAAAGCUCACCUCCGAGCCACGAAAGAACACCCGGAAACCAGGCCGGCCAAGGAAGAGAAAGCCAAGAAGGAGCACCCCAAGGAAAUCAAAGCGGAGAAGCAGCCGCCGAGCAAGGAGGAGAAGUCCAAGAAACCGCCGGACAGAAGCAGAGCUGUGGAGCCAAAGACCGAGAAGAGGAAAAGGAAGGUUGAGGAGAAAGCAGAGAAGGAGCCGGAAGCUGCCACAGCAGCAAAACCUCCCAAGCAAGACAUAGUGGAGCCGAAACUCUCCCCCAAGGGCCAAGCGGAGCCUGAGGGCGAGAAGGCGGCCAGGAGCCCUGAAAAGGAGAAGGCGGCUUUGCCGGCAGUGCCGGCAAAGAAGAUCAAGCUGAACCGAGAAACUGGCAAGAAGAUUGGCAGCGCUGAGAAUGUGCCCCCUCCCAAAGACCCCCCUGCAGAGAAGCCUGAGCCCACCAGCAGCAAAGGGAAGGCCGAGAAGACCAAAGGAAAGCUGAGGAGGAAAAUGGUGGCCGGGGACGGACCCACCUCCACGCUGGUCGACUACCCCAGCACCAGCUCAGCCGGAGGCAGCCCCGUGCGGAAGUCGGAAGAGAAGCCCGACACCAAGCGGACCGUCAUUAAGACGAUGGAGGAAUAUAAUAAUGACAUCACAGCCCCCGCCGAGGACGUCAUCAUCAUGAUCCAGGUGCCCCAGUCCAAGUGGGACAAAGACGAGUUUGAUUCAGAGGAGGAAGAGGAGGAGGCGGUGAAGUCGGCCCAGGUUCCUUCCACAGUUGGGAAGCCCACGAGCGUCGUCAAGACCGUCAGCACGAAGCCUCCUGUCAAACUCAACGAGAAGGACCCCGAGCCUGUGGAGAAAAACCAGAGAGCCUCCAAAGAACCCGGCCAGGAGAGUACCCUGCCGGACUCCAAAAGCUCCAAAAAUACAUUAUCGAACGAGAAAGGGAAAGCGAGGGACCGGGACAAUUCUGCCUCCGACAGAGACUCUUCCGAGAAAAAGAAGAGCGGGACCCAGCCGGAGAAGGAGCGUCCCGAGCAAGGGACUGUGAAGAGCAGCUCCUCAUCUCAUUCUUCCAAAGAGAGCAGGUCUUCGGAAAAGCACGACUCCGCUCACGGAUCUUCUGCCAGGGACUUCACGCCUACCUGGGACAAGAAGCCUGACUACGACAGCAGCAGAGACCAUCCGGGCUCGAAGCGAAGAGAGGAGAGGGGCGAGAUCUCCCGGAAGAAAGCCUCCCCUCCCCGAAGUCGGGAGCCGGCCUCUUCCGGGCAGAAGAACAAGCCAAGGGAUGAGCGACCAGACCAGGCCAAAAAGGGAGCCGGGGACUCCCGUCGGAGCAGCUACAGUCCUCCGAGGGACCGGAGGCAAAGCGAUCACAAGGCCGCCUACGAGUCAAAGCGUCCAGCGGAACACCGCAAAUCCCCUGAGAGAGGCUCCGGCAAAGAGAGAGAGAAGCGGCCGUCGUCGGAGACCCGGAGCAAUAAAGAGAAGGUGGCGGGGAGCAAGCCUGCGCACAGGCGAGGCUCCCCAGAGAGCAGAGAUCCCGGGGCCGCGCCCAAUGAGAAGAGCGCCUCCAAACCAAAGCCUCAGCCGAGCCACUCCACCCGGCUGUCUUCUGACCCGACGAGAGAAACGGACGAGGCUGCCUUUGUCCCGGACUACAACGAAAGUGACAGCGACAGCAACGCGUCUGCCAAAGAGGACGACCUCCCCGGGAGAAGCGCGGGCGAUGGGAAGGAGAAGACCGCCGACAAAUCUCACGAGCCUGCGGCAGUGGCGGCGCCCUCCGCCCCGCCCGGCGGGAGCCGCCAGAGCAGCCCCAGUGCCAGCCACAGCCAGAGCCCCUCGGGGAGCCAGGGCCGCAGCAGUAGCGCCAGCUCCGCCGACAGCCAGGACAGCAAGAAGAAGCGGAAGAAGAAGGACAAGAAGAAGCACAAGAAACACAAGAAGCACAAGAAGCACAAGAAGCACGCCGGCCCCGAGGCUGAGGUGGAGAAGGGCCAGAAACACAAACACAAGAAGAAGAAGUCCAAGAAGAGCAAAGACAAGGAGAAGGAGAAGGAGAGGGAGGACCAAAAAGCCAAGCCUGCUGCCGUGAGCCUCUGA